CUAAGGAGCGUUCCCGUCAAUUACCGAUUAGUAAACAUCCUCAAAAGCCUUGUAUGGCACGUGAGAACUAGCUCAACGAGGGCGAGCCAAUCUCACAGUCAUCUCUGGACACCGACACGCUUAUGGCCGACCUUCCAAGUACCACUCUACCCGAAUCAAGUUAUCUACUGAGCCCAGAAGAGUGCGAAAAAUUGUUACCCAGUGUGCACAAACAAGCGCGUCAUUUACCCGACCCAUCUAUGCUUCGACGGCCAUUGUCAGGACGGCAGGCCAUACAGCCAUCGAAAUGUCGACAAGAAGUGGAACGCGAGAUGUAUGGCGGCUCUAUGGAUCUCGACGAACACGCACGAGACGUCCCUCACGGACGUCCUGAAGAUUCUUCAUGGCAUGGUUGGCUCGGCUGUAACGUCGAUUUAUCACUCAUUCAACAUAACACUGUCAGUCAAAGCACCGGUCAAUAUAACAAAGAGUCGAUGUCUUGGGGUGCAGAUAUUGGUCCGUAUGAUGCGUCAUCCAGUAGUGGGUAUAUCAAUUCCUCACUUCGCAGCGGCUCAGUAUCUUCCGAACCGGCAGGAAUGAUCCCAGAUUGCCUUUGGAGAUCGGUCACUCCCGAAAGCUUCUCUGUUACUUCUCCUGGGUUCAGCCUUGGUCAAUACACUUCUGAAACGAGUAUGCACAGCGUUCAAGGCGAAUCGAGGCUAUGUUGUCCUGAACGUGGCUGUAGGGCCAGAUUUCAGGGCACAUAUGCCACGGGGAGCCUUGCGAGACAUCGACGACUCAAACAUAGUUUCUAUCAGCACCAAGAAGGCAGAGGAUACAUUUGCGCAGAACCAGGCUGUUCAAAAACCUACCAAAGACAAGAUGCACGGUUAAAGCACUAUCGGAAGGCACAUCAACACCUUGCCCCUGGUCCGAUACUCUCUCGCACCAAAUACAGAUCGAUGUAGUUCUGUUGAUGGCUCGCUCGUAAGGCCCAUUACCGAUUCUUGUGCUUGCUUUCUUCAGUCUCGGUCUCGGUCUCGGUCUCACGAAACAAAUCU